CUCAUCGCAAGCAAACAAGAGAACGAAGCUAACAACAGCAUGCGACAAUUGCAGAAAGAGAAAGAUCAAGUGUGAUGGCGUUAAUCCUCAUCGUUGUAAUAACUGUAGCAAAAGAAAAGGGACUGUAUGCACUUACAAUGGUACACACAUUACUAGAAUGUAUGAGGUGAGCUAUGUUGAAAAUAUGAAGGAAGAACUGUCCCGCUGCCAGGCUUUAUUAGACGAGAGUGCUUCAACAUCAAAGGAUAGUCUGGAAAGGAAGAACAAUACUGAUAUAAUACCUUCAAGCGACUACGAAGACAUUUCUGAUGAGCAUUUGGUUGAUAAUUUAGAUGGACUUUAUACACACACACACGAAGAAAGAGCUAAUAUAAAAUUCUUCGGAAACUCUCCAUUUAGAGGGUUAUUUGCUAGAAUUGAAGCCUAUACAGGCUUGAAAACUCUAGAUUUUAUCAACGGAAAGCGUCCACAGUAUUGGCUUGACGAUUGGUCCCGAGCAAUUUCUCCACAUUCAUAUUUUACCAGUUUACCUUACACAAACGAAGACUUUGGCGAUGAAGCCCUUUUGGAACAAUUAAUAACUUUAUAUUUUGAGAAGGUUAACGUCAGUAUGCCUUUACUUAACGAAUCACACUUUCGCAAGCAAAUCCCGAAUAAACUUAACAGAUCAUUCGGAACGAUUUUGAUGCUAGUUGCAGCUCUUGGAGCACUUUACUUAGAUGACAAUCGAUUAUCAAUCCCAGGAAGAGAAAAUUUAAAGUUCCUUCAAGGUUAUUAUUACUACAAUAUAGCGGUAGAGAAGAUGCCAAAUUAUAUGAAAGCUUCUGCUGAAUUGGAAGAUAUUCAGGCUCUAAUUCUGCUACAAAUGUACGUUCAACGAGGUGUACACACGAAAAGCUCUUCCAUGAUUAAUGGCCUGACCAUUCUACUCUCACAGAAUAUUGGUUUACAUUCUAAGCUUAUGAACGAGAAUCACGAUGAUAUAAUAGAGAAGGAAGCCCGAAAACGUGCUUGGUGGAUUCUUUAUAUUAUGGACCGAUCUAAUACGGCAUGUUUUGGCCGAAAUUUACUCAUUAAGGAUGAUGAAAUGCACUUGGAUCAUCUCCAGGUCACCGCAGAAGACCCUUCGAAUAACACAGAUAGCAUUAAGUACAUCAAUGAUAUAAUAAAGAUAUGCGAAAUACAUGGUCAAAUUACCCACAAAUUGUACAAAUUCAGUGAAAGCAACCCAGGAGAAGAUGCCAUUCUUGAAAUGAAAGAUAUCGCUAUGUUAAACACCAAGAUAAAUGAUUGGAUUAACGAUGUCUCCAUUACUGAAGAGGACAUAAAGAAUGAUACGACAUAUCAAUUACGUGCCAAUAUCAAAUUAGCUUUCUACAAUGCGCAGUUGAUUCUCUAUCGACCCUUCAUGCCAUGUCCCACACUGAAACGAAUCUCCAAUUUUCAAACAGCCAGUUUAGCGAUAUGUUCUAAUGCGUCGAGAUCGAUCAUCAGUAUUUAUAGUGAUCUCGUACUAAACAGGAAAGUUGAUCGCAUCUGGGCCGACUGCCUUAUCUCUUGGUGCCCUUUCUGGGCCACUUUAAUCAUGAUACUGAGCUUCUGCGAGAGCAAAAGAAUUGGCAAUAUAAGAUAUCAAGAUCUGGAUUACAUCAAAACGGGAAUAUUAACACUAAGGAGUGUUGAGAGUGAGAAUGUUCUGUACGGACGAGCUGUAGACAUUUUGUUGUCCAUUGUGAAAACUCUUUUACCACCAGGCGACGCUUUCAUUGAAGACCAACAACUAAUAUCUCUCGACACAGAGUUCUACAGUACUGUGGCCGCCCACACUUUACAACCACCACAAGAUAAUGUAAACGUCGUUGAGCAAGAUAAUAUUUUCUUUAGAGACAUGCUUGACUAUCUCAGGUCCGACUCAUCGAAUAGUGUUCACGGCAGUUAUAAUCUGCUUAUAAGUCCUGAACAUGAGAAUGAUCUGAAUAUGAUGAUAAACUCAAUACUGGAUGGUGAUGCAGAUGCAGUAUAGAAAAUGGUGCAGUGACAAUUGUUGUUUAUGCAUAUGGAUUUUACAUCCAUCGGAAUUCGGGAUUUUGGGUAUUUUUGUGAUCUGAGAUGAGAGCAGAUAUGAACAUGGAUACGUUACUAUAUAGAAAUACUAAAUACUAUCAAAAGAUCGUUACAACCGCCAAUUUCACGAAUUUUGGCACGUUUAGGUGGUUAGAGUUAUAUGGGAAUCUUUGACGCUGGGAAAACGACAUCGAAAGUACGAUGUGUUAAUUGAGGCACGAGUGACAAACUUUCGC